AUGCCUGUUUCCCGCACCUCAGCGGAUGCGGAGAGACAGCUGCGGAAGGCCCUCGAUCUGAACGGGAAAACGAAGGCUCUGAAGAUGGUGACCCUGGCGCUGCUUGUGGGUCUGUUCUGUUCCGCCCGCAGGCCAUCACGACCUCUUCCCAAGACUACAAGAGGAGAGACAACUACGGCAGCUGGGAGGGACAUGGAAAGGGGAGCGGGCAGCCCGAGGCAUAACCCAGCCUUAGACCGCGUUCUAAGUGUAAGGAGCUUUGGUGUAUGGCUGACAGGUGUUUACCCCGUGGGACAGCUUGGCAAAGAAAGCCUCUGGUCUUCUAGGCCAGGAGGGGACGAGUUAGGAGACGUUCUGACCCUGCCAGAAAAGCUACGUAAGCUCCAGGAAGAGCUUUAUCUCCUGCGCUGGAGCCUAAAGGAUGUCACCGAGCGUGCUCUUCAGGAAGCCUUGAAGCAGGCGAAGCUCCCAGGCUUUACCGGAUGGGCUGUUCAAGAGAUAAUCAAUCAAGUCUUGGAGAAGCUGGAAGAAAAGCAAGUCCCCAUGCCAGAUUAUGCCCUCAAAUCAUCAGGGGCUGCUGUCGUUCAUUCAAGGACUUCUCCAUCCUUCCGCAAUAGGAAAGGAAAAGUCUUUUUGUAUUCCCUGCCGGUGCUGGAUUACCUGCGAUCUCCUGACGUUAUCCUUGAGCCGGAAAAUCAUCCAGGAAACUGCUGGCCCUUGGCAGGAAGUCAGGGACACGUGCUCAUCAGGCUGUCUGUGCCAAUCGUUCCCAGAGCAGUCACCGUGGACCAUGUCUCAGGGACAAUGUUCCAUAGAGACAGCAUCUCCAGAGCGCCAAAGGACUUUGCUGUCUACGGCCUCAAGGAAGAACAGGAGGAGCAGGGAACGUUCCUGGGACGGUUCACUUUCCUGGCGACGCUGAAUCCCACUCAGACCUUCCAGCUGAAGAACGAGCUCUCUGGGUUCGUGAAUUACAUAAAGCUGCAAGUGCUGAGCAACUGGGGCCACCCGGACUACACCUGCCUGUAUCGAUUCAGGGUGCACGGCGAUCCUCCCGAAGACGGGGGAAAGGGGUCCCUGUCAUCUGGCAAUAAAGGCCCUUAA